UCAUCGCACUCACGAAGUUUUGCUUGUCAUUUCAUCCCAAUAGUAACAUUAGGUUGCAAAUCGUGUUCCUCGAUUCUAUUCUUGUGUUUUGUUUAGCAGAAAAUCUGUGAAAAAUGGUCUUCGAAGAUGACUGGAUGAAUGCUCCCCAUAGCACAGGCACCACUAUCAUGGCUGUCGAGUUCGAUGGAGGAGUUGUGAUUGGAGCCGAUUCCCGCACAAGUACCGGAACCUACGUUGCAAACCGUGUCACUGACAAAUUAACUCGAAUCACAGACAAAAUCUACUGCUGCCGAAGUGGAUCUGCGGCAGAUACUCAGGCAGUGGCUGACAUUGUUGCCUAUUCGUUGAACUAUCACGAGAAUCAAACCGGCGAAGAACCAUUGGUAGCCGAAGCAGCCUCAGAGUUCCGCAACUACUGCUACAACUACAGGGAGUCACUCUUAGCAGGUAUCAUUGUGGCUGGUUGGGAUGAGAAACUUGGCGGCCAGGUUUAUUCAAUUCCAUUGGGCGGUAUGCUGCUCCGUCAAGAGGUCACCAUUGGAGGCUCUGGCAGUAGCUAUGUGUAUGGAUUCAUUCGUGAAUUCUUCAAGAAGAACAUGAAGAAGGAAGAUUGCGUGGAAUUCGUUAAGAAGACCGUUCAACACGCUAUGUAUCACGAUGGUAGCUCCGGUGGCGUUUGUCGUAUUGGUAUAAUCGAUAAAAAUGGUAUUGAACGUAGAAUAUAUUUCGCAACCGAUGGAGGAUCCGCAAUUCAAGCAGGAAAUUGAAAUUGUUAUGAUUACAUCUUUUUCUAAAUAAAAAAAUUAUGUAUGGGAAAA